UGCUGCUCGGCACAUGACAUCGUUUGCUCCAGCAAGCCACUCCAACCCACCACGCGUCUUCUCGAUGACCGGAAACUCGCGCUCGAGACGUCGUCGCAUUCAAUAACGCCCGCUCGCUCGCCAUGGCCGGGCUCAACUAUGUCACCUUCAACCAGGAUCACAGCCUGCUGGCAGUCGCAACUACCCGCGGACUGCGAGUCUACACCACGGAUCCCUUCGAACUCACCAAUCAUUCAUACGAAGAGGACAUCUCUCUCGUCGAACAGCUCUUCUCCACCUCGCUCGUUGCCAUGAUCCUCACCCCGCGCCUGCUCCGAAUUGUAAAUACCAAGCGAAAGCAGAAACACUCCACAAUAUGCGAGCUUACCUUUCACGGCAUGGUGGUGGCGGUCAAGAUGAAUCGAAAACGCUUGGUGGUGCUGCUGGAGGAGGUGGCUUUCUUUUACGACAUCAGCAACAUGAAAAUGCUGCACCAACAGACAACGCCGCUCAACCCGGGCGGUAUCUGUGCCAUAUCACCCAAUUCGGAGAACAACUACCUGGCCAUUCCGCAUUACCAAAAGACAGCACAACACCCCAGUGCCGCCCCUUCGCAGCUGCCGAAGUCAGUGGUCAAGGAGACCAUAAGCGGCGAUGUGCUGCUGUAUGACUUGAACAGGAUGGAGGAGGUGACGGUGAUCCAAGCCCACCAAGCUCCGCUUUCGUACAUUGCCAUCAACAAUGAUGGCACGCUCAUGGCGACCUCUUCAGAAAAGGGAACAGUGAUCCGCGUGUUCUCGAUACCAUCCGGCAAGAAGCUUUACCAGUUCCGUCGCGGAAGCAUGCCUGCUAGAAUCUAUUGCAUGUCCUUCAACGCAACGUCGACACUGCUCUGCGUUUCCUCCGCGACCGAAACGGUACACAUCUUCAAACUCGCCCCGCCUGGGUCCAACCCACAGAACGGCAGCGGCAGCUCCGCACGACCCAACUCGCCACCUGCCUCACCUCGCCACGGCUCCUUCUCGUCUCCUCGCGAACGAAGCGAAUCGCCCUCACAAUCCGAAUACGAUUCCGAACGACAGCAAUCGAUAGACGGCGAUCCCAGCGCUCUCUCCAACGCGCCUCAACCCCGCCAACCGGGUUUCAUGUCCCUUGUUCGCCGCACCUCCCAAAAUGUCGGCACCUCUCUCGUCUCGCGCGCUGCCGGUUAUCUUCCUUCGUCAGUGACAGAAAUAUGGGAGCCACAACGAGAUUUCGCAUGGGUGCGCGUACCGCGAGGGAGUAAUGGACAACCAGUACGAUGCGUCGUGGCGAUGGCGAAUAACGUUCCACACGUCAUGGUCGCAACAAGCGAAGGAGACUUUUAUGUGUACAUGGUAGAUCUAGAGAAGGGCGGAGAGGGUACACUGGUCAAGAGAUUCGAUGAAAUUCACGGCAUGAAAUACAAAAAGGGAGGCGUGGAGCCCGAUGAUUAGGAAUGGGUUUGGCAGGAGCCAACAUGGAGCAGAACUAUCGUUAUACGGAAGACUUGGGGACGAUUGAAUUUCGGGAGGAGAGAGGGAUAGGCAGUGGGUAGGCACAUUUCUUGCGAACUGUAGCGUUCAAGCGGGUGGCGUUAUUGGCGGAAAGGAGGCAAAAGUGAGUCGGUGAACUCUCGACUCUGGGCGGCAU